GCCCGGCUCGGGGCCGCCAUGUUAGGCUCGUCGGGCCGGCUGACAGGGCUCCCCUCGCCUCCCCGGGAGCGCGGUAUGGAGCCGCAGGUGAAUCUCCGCGUCACCUGCCGCGGGGAGACCCAGAGCUUCUUGGUGUCAGACUCGGCGCACACGACGUGGGCGGACGUGGAGGCCAUGGUUAAGGUUUCGUUUGACCUGGACAAUAUUCAGAUCAAAUACAUUGAUGAGGAUAAUGAUGAGGUCUCUGUGAAUAGCAAAGAGGAAUAUGAAGAAGCUCUGAAGAUUGCAGUUAAACAAGGAAAUCAACUUCAGAUGAAUGUGUAUGAAGAAAACUCUUCUCUGAAAGAAACUUUGAAUUCUUGUUCCUCGCAACUACGUGAAAAAAUGGUGACAGAAAAGUUAGCGCUUCUUAAAGAUGAGAAGAAACCUCUUUCGCGCUACUCGAUGCUAGCUCAGGGGUUAGAGGAAGACUUAAAAAAUGAAAUGGAGCUGACAAUGCAGCAAAAGUUAAAUCUCACUAGAACAGGAAGAACAAAUGAAAAUCCUCCCGAAUGGUUUACUAGCUACUUGGAAACAUUCAGGGAACAAGUAGUUAAGGAAACUGUUGAGAAACUGGAACAGAAGCUGUACGAAAAGCUUGUUCAUCAGAAUCGGCCUCCAGAUUUUUCCGAGAGCUCUAUUACAGCAGGACCUCCACCUUCAGAGGGCCAGUCAGUGACUGGAAACCAGUGUGACUGGCUGAUCUCCUGCUGCAACUGCCAGGCCCGAAUUGUUGGAGUUCGCUACCAGUGCAGCCUUUGUCCAGCCUACAAUAUCUGUGAACAGUGUGAAGCAGGAACAUAUGCACAUGAUGUUAAUCACGUCUUGUUGAAGCUGCGGAGGCCUGUGCUGUGUGUUGCUGAGAACUACAGCCUGGCAGAAUUCUCCCCUCGCCUGCCUGCUACUCUGGAGCAAGUUAGGCUUCAGAAACAGAUGGACAAAAGAUUUCUGAAGGCAGAAAAGCAAAGAUUACGAGCAGAGAAGAAACAGCGAAAGGCAGAGGUCCGGGAGCUCAAAAAGCAGCUAAAACUGCACAGGAAAAUUCAUCUGUGGAACUCUGUCAAUGUGUUGGAAACUAGUGGCUCACCAACUCUGAAAUCUGAGAGUCUCCAGCCGAAUACCUUCACGAGUCCUAGUCAACCCUGCCAAGCAAUUGUCCCAACACUGAGUGCAGUAUUUGUGGAUGAGAAUUUGCCAGAUGGGACUCACUUGCAACCAGGAACAAAGUUUAUCAAACACUGGCGAAUGAAGAAUACUGGCAAUGUGGAGUGGACCUCAGACACAAAGCUGAAACUUAUGUGGGGAAAUCUGACCUUGGCAUCUUCGGAAAAAAAAGAUGUGUUAGUGCCAUCCCUUCCAUCGGGACAAGUAGGAACUGUGUCAGUUGAGUUUGUAGCUCCUAACAUAGAAGGAACUUACACCUCUCACUGGCGACUGUCGCACAGAGGGGAACAGUUUGGGCCCAGGAUCUGGUGCAGCAUUGUUGUGGAUCCCUCACCAGCUACUGACGAUCUAGAAAGCAACUGGAAGGAUUCUGACUGCUGUCAGAAGGAUAACACUUCCAGCACCAAACAGGAUGCUUCCUUAAAGACAGAAGCAGGUGCUCAACUGAUGGGUGAAAUCGUGGAGCAGGCUGAAAUACCUCUGCCAACUAUUCCUUUAAAGAUCAAAAAUCUGCCAAGUGAGAGAGAAUUUUAUAUCCCAUCUGUUGAUCUUCUCACUGCACAGGAUUUGCUGUCCUUUGAGCUGCUGGAUAUUAAUAUUGUGCAGGAAUUGGAGCGAGUGCCACACAAUACUCCUGUUGACAUGACUCCAUGCAUGUCCCCUCUGCCACACGACAGCCCCUUGCUGGAGAAACCUGGCUUAGGGCAGAUAGAGGAGGAGAACGAGGGGAGUACAUUUAAACCCGUGUCUGGGCGGGCAGAAGCUUGCUUUCCUGCAGACACUUGCAUAGUGAAAGUGAAAGCUGAACAUCCCUUGAACCAGGAGGAAGGGGAAGAAGAUAUGAGCGGGACUCAGUUUGUCUGUGAAACUGUCAUUCGCUCCCUCACCCUAGAUGCUGCACCUGACCAUAAGCCCCCCCAAAAAAAGAAGAUCCUGCAGAACUCUUUACAAACAUUGCAAGACAACGUCGGCGGCAAUAUGAUAAAUGAAGAAUCUCCUCAGAUAAGAACUAAAUGCACUUUGAAACAGGAAGCAAAGAUUCAUCAGUCAGAGUCAAUGACAGAAACUGACUGUGGGGACCUUCCCCUGCCUGAUGAGAGAGCAAUCCCCUGCAGUGAUACUGCCAAUUCAGAUGGAGAGGAAGAUGAUAAAGAUGAUGUUCAAAGUCAAGGCUCCUCUGCUUCAUCAGAGGAUUAUAUCAUCAUUCUCCCCGAGUGCUUUGACACCAGUCGUCCUUUAGGGGAGUCUAUGUAUAGUUCAGCUCUUUCUCAGCCCAGUCUGGAAAAGGCAGGAGAACCUGAAAGAGGAGCAGAGAAUCCUGAAGGGGGAAGCCAGCCACAUACCCACAGUGUCAGUGAUAUCCUGUCAAUGUCACAAACACUGGCUGUAGUGCCACUAACCCCAGAGAUUGCGGACACUGUACCCCAGACACAGAGGAAUCUUGCAUCUCUUCAGAAUCAUGUCUUCCAAGAACCAAACAUACCAGCUUCAGAGAAUAUUUCUUCCACUCCUCAGAAUCAAACAAGAGAAGAACCCAGUGGUGAAGACAGUCAGGAACCAGGAUCUUCUGGGGUUCUAACUAGUAAACAGAGGUGCUCAGAAUAUCCACGGUACCCUCCAGGAAGCAGCAUUGCAGGAGAACUGGUUAAAGGAGCUUUGUCAGUUGCAGCUUCUGCCUACAAAGCAUUAUUUGCUGGACCACCCAUUAUAGAGCAGCAGCCUGAAGCCGGGGAAGAGCACACCGCUGCUCUUCUGUCCAGUCUGUGUGAGAUGGGGUUCUGUGACAGGCAGUUAAACCUGCAGCUGCUGAAGAAACACAACAACAACAUGGUCCAAGUGGUGACUGAAUUGCUCCAGAUCAGUAACAGUGACUGGUACGGCAGCAGAUGCUGAACCUUCCUGGUGGAGGGAGGAAUCCUCUUCCUUGAGUAAACUCGCAUUAAACACUGCAACAGUAACGGGCUGCUCCUCAGCUGCUUUCUGUUUGGAGGUGUGACUAAAACUUUGGCUUUUCUUUGAGCUUUUGACUCUUUUCUGAUGGAAAUGUCAAACGGUGAUUGUCACAGCAUCUUAGGAAUUGGAGACCAGAAUUUCAACUGUUAUUUGGAACUCACUGUUACAGUCUUUAAGUUUCUAAUUUCGUACUGAAUCCUUUUGUCAUGGCAUCCUGUAGAAUUAAUUUAAACUUCCACCCAGAUGAGAACUUCCCCUUUUAUUGUGUGCAAAUUAUUUUUUUAGGCAGCUGGAAACUUGUUGUGUUGACCUUUUAACAAGCUUUGGAAUAGGAACCAAUGUAAAAUGCUGCUGUAAAACGUAGUUUUGCCUAAUUUACAAGAGAUCCCUAUAACUAGCAAGUUACUACUUCUGAUAUGAUUUAGUCAUUGAUUUGUCCAAUGCAUGACAGUAAUGUAACAGACUUAAACCUUACAAAUGAUUCUUAGAAGAAAAAGGUUGCUCAUACACAAAAGCCAUCUUGAACCACCAGCUUUUGAAAAGUCUGAGAGUGUAACCGCUGUUAAACUGAUGAACACCAGGAAAGUCAUUGUUUCUUGUAGCAGAAUGAAGCAGGAGAGUGAAUUCACCAGCAGCAAUUGAACCAUCUCUGGCAAUGACAGUGCAAAACAUACCUCUAACAGGAAAAUAUGACCUACGUAAAUUAUCUUAGGAAAAAUGGAAUGUGAGGGUAGGAAAGACCUUUCUAAGAAUCUCUAUAGGCUCUUUGUAAAAGUGUUAAAAAUUGACUGCUUUCUUUUUUUCCGUAUAGUGCAAACCUCUUACUCUGCUAAGACGACAUAGAAGAGUUAGAGAAUGUGUAGAAACCUAUACCUGAAUUAGAGUACAAAUUCUAGUCAUGUUUAGGAACGAGAAGAGCGCUCGAGGUAGGGAUUGCGUGACUUGCACUAUAGUGUGAAAAAUGCAUUAACUGCAGUAGUUUUCAGUGUACAGUCUCCUGUUUCUGGCUGCUCCUGUGUUUCUGUAGACACACGUGUAGGAUUGGUUUUUUUUUCUCACAAGAUUUUGCUUUUAGAUGCCCAUAUUUAAUUUGGAAAUCCAAGAACUCCCUUCAAAAUGUGCUGAGAGAGAUUUGAUUCUGAAGAAUCACAAGAAAUGAGCAACUUCCCCUGCUGUGCAGUGGUGUAUCCAUAGGUACCUUCUCAGAGUCCAGUCCUGCUGAAGGUUGGGGGGGUGGAUACGGUCUUACCUUCAAGCAAACAUUUUCCUUGCUGCAGUAAGAGACCCUUGAUCGUAAAAUAUUUUAUUACUGCUGCUUCAAUCUAAGGUAUUCCUGUUUGUCACGAGGUAGCUGAAGCAGUAUCAGUAUUGUGACUGACCAGGUGAUCAGUAGUAGUCAUUUUUUUAAAGGCAUAAUACCCUUAGAGAUAAGAUACCAUUAAAAUAAUUGAAGAAAAAAAUAAAAAUGUAUCAUACUGGUUUUGUUUUAAACCUAUUUUUAUAGAUUGUGGAAGAUAUACUCUUUAAAUGUUUAUUUUGAAAUACAGUAGAACUAUUUUGCAGUGUUUCCCAUCUCUCUGUACUCCUGUACAACUAUCUGCUGUGGACCAGAUGAAGAUCUUUCUGGUCUUUUUGCUUUUUUUUCCCCACCUGAACUUAACACACCCAGUUUCCCAGUACCUUUGGGCUGGUGCAGCUCUGGGAGGAGGAGGAGGAAGAUGGACAGGGAGGAGGAGGAUGGAGAGGGAGGAGGAGCUGGGCUUUCCCUGCUCUGGGCUGGGCAAGGAGCCUCUGCCUUCAUCCCUGGAGUGUGAUGUGUUCUAUAAAUUAACAAAACACUACAGCCUUUGCAGAGGAACACGUCAUUGUGGGUUGAAAUGUGAAAUGCUGUUUUCUGUAGGUCACUUUUUACUCGGGUUUAGGUGCCGUACGCUCAGGCUCGGGAUAGAGAGAUUUCUGUUGGCUUUGUAUAUUUUGUUAAUGGAUGCAUGGUAUAAUUUAUAAUAUAUUCUAUAGUGCACA